GGAGAGGAGAGAGAAAAGAGGUAACAGAGAGAAAAUAAAGAAGGUCCAGUACACCUACAACUGCCACAACUCAGGGGUUCCUUGGAGUAGCAAUAAAGAUUUCUUCUUUUUUCUCUUUGGUGCAUUACAUUUUUAAUAACAGAGAAGAAAAAUAAAAAGAAUGUUGGGUUGAAUUUAUAUUUGCAUAAAGGUUGAUGAUUUCUUUCAUGAUUUUUGUUUCAAGAAAAUGGGUCAUCAUGGUUUUAGGAUUCUUUUACAUUUUCUCUUUAUCAUCACCUUCAUUCUUGUAUCUUUCUGUUGUACACAUAUUUUGGUUAGGGAUGUCUCAUUGAAUGCUGCAAAGUACUUGAAUAGUAUUCAUGGCUUUGAAGAGAUACAUUAUAUGGUUAGAAAUGGGGAUGGAAAUGAAAGUCCAAUUGGAAAGAUCUAUGGAGGGAAGCAAAUCUUGAUUGUGGAAAAGUUCAGAACUUUGCUUGGACUAAGGAGGUUUGGUCCAAGAAAUGAUGAUUUUGCAUAUUUUGCAGUAUCACCUUCACCUUCUCCAUCACCAUCAAUUGCCCCUGAAGCUCCAGCUCCUUCGCCGGUGCCACGAGUUCAUCGGCAUCCUCAUCACCAUCCCUUUAUCCCAGCUGCACACAGGGUAAGGGUGAAAAGAAGAGGGAGGAGUACUAGAGUUUUAACAGCUGUUCUUGUUUCUGCUGGGAUUUCAACUGUGUUGUGUGCAAUUGCCCUUUUUUGGGGCUGCAAAAAGUUCAAGAAACAAAGAAAGAAAUCAACUAGAUCAGUGUCACUGUUCAGCAGUGAAGCAGGAAGUGUAUGUAGAUCAAGGUACGGUAGCUCUCAGAAUUCAGUGAAAAAGGUAACUUCUGAUCCAGGCCCUGACCUUUUUUACCUUGAUUCACUAGAAGUUGCUCUCGAAUCAUCGGAAUCGAUUUGUCUAAAUAAAAGUUCUGUAAUUGAAAAAAUUGACUCAAAUGAAAACAUAGCAAACAAUACAUUGAGUGAGAGAGAUGAACAAGAAGAGGAAAUCAGUGUGUCAAUGCCUGAUGAUGAUAAUUGUUCAGGUGUUGGAGAAAUUGUCUGUGUUUAUGAAAGUGCAGAUUCAAUGAAGUGUGAUAUCAAUGAUUGUAACUCUUCCAGUGGUGACAAAAUAGUUCCUGAGGAAGUUCAUUCAUCAGAUGAUGAAGAAAUAUUCCAUUCUUUAUGUAAUUCGCGUUCGUCUAGUAAUAGACUAUCCAAUGUUUCAGCUGGUAGUCUUAUAGAUACCUCAGAAAUUAUGCCUCAAGAUGAAUUAAAAACCUUAACUUGUUCUGUAUCCUCCUCAACACACUUGUCUACUCCACCCCCACUGCCUCCACCUCCACCGCCUCCUUUGCCUACAUUUCCAACUCAAUCUCCUUGUAGGCCUACAGUUUCUUCAGUGAAAAUGAAGUCGAAAGUUUUGAGUCAUGCUUCAUUGCAAAUUGAAUCAUCCACUAGAAAUUCAGAUAGUUCUUUGGAAAAUGAUUUGUUACAAUCACCUCCAAAUCAGGCUAAGCCUGCUGGAGGAAUUCCACCUCCACCUUGUCCUCCACCAUUUGCAAGUGAAAGUACUAGUCUUUCAAAAGGCCCGCCCCCUCCACCGUCUUUGCCUUGCCAACAAUUGGCAUUAGGCAAAGAUGGAAGUCCACUCCCAAAAUUGAAACCACUUCACUGGGACAAAGUAAGAGCUGCACCAGACCGAUCAACUGUUUGGGACAAGCUCAGACCAAGCUCGUUCGAAUUUGAUGAGGAAAUGAUUGAGUCGCUUUUCGGCUACAAUCUACACAAUUCUAUGAAGAUUGAUGAAGGGAAAAGCAAAACUCCAUCUCCAAGCAAGCAUGUUCUUGAGCCUAAAAGACUACAAAACAUAAGCAUACUGUCCAAAGCUUUGGGUGUGACUGUAGAACAAGUUUCUGAAGCACUAAUAAAAGGAAACGGAUUGUUUUUGCCACAACUGGAGGCUCUGGCUAAGAUGGUACCUACUAAAGAAGAAGAGGACAAACUGUCAAGUUAUAAAGGAGACAUCAAUGAACUAGGGUCAGCAGAGAAGUUUGUAAUGGCAAUGCUUAAGGUGCCAUUUGCAUUCUUGAGAAUCGAAGCCAUGCUUUAUCGCGAGACAUUUGAUGAUGAAGUUAAUCUUCUCAAAAAAUCUUUCUCAAUGCUAGAGGAGGCCUGCAAGGAACUCAGAUCAAGUCGACUGUUCUUAAAAUUGCUAGAAGCAGUGUUGAAAACUGGAAACAGGAUGAACAUUGGGACAAUAAGAGGAGGAGCCAGAGCAUUCAAACUUGAUGCCUUACUUAAGCUAUCCGACGUAAAAGGCACUGAUGGAAAAACCACACUGCUUCAUUUCGUCGUUCAAGAAAUCAUUCGAUCAGAAGGCUUGAAGGUCUCACAAAGCAUCAUGGGAAAGAUAGACGGGAGACGCAAGAUUAAAACUAUUGCAGACAGAGAGGAAGAUUACAAAAGGAUGGGUCUUGAUCUUGUUUCUGGUCUAGGCACUGAGCUAUUCAAUGUCAAGAAAACAGCCACAAUGGACUUGGAUGUCAUAGCAACCUCAGUCUCAGAUCUAUCAGAAGAAAUGAACAAGAUAAAAGCAUUAGUAACAAAUGACUUGUCUCCAUUUGAAAAUAAUGGUAACUUUGUGCACUCAAUGACAACAUUCUUGAAUUAUGCAGAAAGGAACCUAAAGGAAUUACAGGAAGACGAGAAUCGAGUUCUUUUACGUGUUAAAGAAGUCACAGAAUACUUCCAUGGAAAUGUAAGCAAAGAUGAAUCCAACCCUCUCCGGAUUUUCGUCAUUGUGAGAGAUUUCUUGAACAUGUUAGAUCAUGUAUGCAAAGAGCUUAGAAGCUCAAAAACACCUAAUAGUCCUAACCCUCUAGCCCCAUUCAGAUAGGAUUGUGUGUUAAUAGUUUUUGUAUGUUUCUUCUUUUAACAAUUUUCAACUAUUGUGUAAGAUUUUGUAUCAAGAAUUCAAAAGUUAUUGGCCUCAAUAACUUGUAGUCAUAAUGAAUAACAGUGUACAAUAAGGUCAUCAA